UUCGUACGUUAUUGAAUAAAAUAAUAAUGGAGUGUCUUAAGUGUAGAAAAGUACUUUCUAAGAAAGGAUCUCAUUUCAUAUGUCAAGGACAGUGCCAGGGUACCUAUCAUAGAAGCUGCGUGAAAGGCUUGGCGGCCGAUUUGAAAGCGGGUAAAAACCGAAUAUAUUGCAAUAACUGUGAAGAAGAUGAGUCGGAUAGUGAGGACCAGGAGGAAGACGGCCGAGAGCCAGACAAAAUCCUAAAGGAUAUACAAAAAAAUGUACGUGCAAUUCCUGGACUCAUUAAACAGCUGGAGUCCAUAAAACAUAGUAUGUCAUUACUCUCCGAUAAGUACGAUACCCUACUAUCUGAACAUGAAAAAUCGAAAGAUAAAAUACAUAAACUAGAGAAGACAGUAGAACACAUCAACAACAAGUGUACAUACCUGGAAAAAUGCAACGUCGCGUUAGAACAGCGUGUGCACGAUUUUGAGCAAAAUACACGCAAACAUAACAUCGAAAUUGUAGGUAUAGAACAGAUGCCGGAUGAAAACGUAAAGGAAAUAGUCAACAAGAUCGGAAAGAUAAUUGAUGUCAGCAGCGAUGAUAUAGAUUGGGUGAGGAGAAACCAGCCAAGAAAACAAGGAGUAAAAGCUGCUUCAAUUAUCGUCGGAUUUAAGACCUCGGGAACCGAAUCCCGUGACGCCUGGCUGACUCAACGUCGAAAACUCUCGGACAUCACAAGUGACAAAAUAACCGAUGGAACCAACAAUAGUAAAAUAUAUAUAAACGAAGAUCUGACGAAGGCUACUAGAACACUGCUAUGGAAAGCAAAGAAAGAACUGCACAACAAUUACAAGUAUAUAUGGAUUUCUAAAGGUAAAAUUUUAGUCAAGAAAAAUGAAGAUGAAAAUUCGAUCUGGGUGAGAUGUGAUAACGACAUCAACGAUCUGCUCAAAACGAAAUCAAAGGUACAUGUCUAAUGUCCUUAUUCUUAACAGGUACCUAUAUUCAUAAUAUUCACGUAGUAAGUGUUUAAAACUGUAUCAAAAUUCACUAUCCUAGACAAUAUUGAUAUAAUUAGUGAUAAUACAAUUACAACAUCCGAAGUAGAAAAUUUAAAAACGUGGAUAUCAUCUGUUAAAUAUAAAAAUGACCUUUGUAUUUUACACUUAAAUAU